GCACAGCGAGCGGUGGCAGACAAAACGGAGGAGGUGGAAGAGGAGAGAGAAGGCUGUUUCUCACCGUGAACUUUUCAAAAAGAGAGAGCAACAGAAAGGGGGAGUAACAGCGUUUAGAGGAGACAGCGAUUAGGCUGCCAAGCCAACUCUUUCCGAACAAAUACACAACCAGCUGGAGCUGGAAGUAUGGACAGGGGGCGCGACUACGUGGGUUUGGAGGAGGAGCCCGAGGAGGGCCAGAGGAAACAGGAGAAAGGAGGGAUGCUGAGUGGAAUGUUCAGAAGAUCCCCUAAACCUGCUGAACGAACUCUACCCGCACAGGACAACCUUUCUACACACAGUGAGCUCUCAGCCAGCAAUGACAGUCUGACUGACAACAACAACACAAAGAAAGGAGGCAUGCUCAGUGGGAUAUUCAGAAAAUCCCCUAAACCUGCUGAGCCCACUCUCCCUGUACAGGACAGUGUGUCUGUACACAGUAAGCUCUCAGCCAGCAAUGACAAUCUGACUGACACCACAAAGGAGAAAGGAGGGAUGCUGAGUGGAAUGUUCAGAAGAUCCCCUAAACCUGCUGAACGAACUCUACCUGCACAGGACAACCUUUCUACACACAGUGAGCUCUCAGCCAGCAAUGACAGUCUGACUGACCACAACAACACGAAGGAGAAAGGAGGAGUGUUUAAAGGAAUGUUCAGAAAAUCCCCCAAACCUCCUGAAGGUUCUACACCUGCACAGGACAGUCUGUCUGCACACAGUGAGCUCUCAGCCAGCAAUGACAGUCUGACUGACAGCACCAACACAAAGGGGAAAGGAAGGAUGUUCAGUGGAAUGUUCCAAAGAUCUCCGAAGCCCGAUGAGUGCACUCGACCUAUACAGGACAGUCUCUCUCUCCACAGUGAUCUGUCCCUCAGCUGUGACAGUCUGUCUGAGAGCAGCUCAAAGUCCGGGGUCAUGGGGAAGAUUCUCAGGAACCCUUUCCGCUCCGUCUCCCAGGAUAAAGAUAAAGUGGAACCCGCCUCAGACACCUGUGAGAAGUCACCUGGCACAGGACGGCAUUCAAAAGCAAAACAGAAUGGAGUGAUGAACGGUCUCCUGAGUCCUUUCCGUUUGUCUGCCCAGGAGAAGGAGACAGACUUGGACUGUGAAGAGAAAAACACCAACUGUGACCAAAAGCCAAAACAGAAGCAAAAUGCAGUGGUAGGAGCCAUGUCCAAACUGAAUCCGUUUCGUUCUGCAUCCAAAGAAGCCAGAGUAGAGGUGGGUGCGGAUACUGAAAGUAUGCAGGAGCCCGACCAGCCAAAACAGGCUGAGGCCCAGUGUCCUCCUCAGAAACCAUUAGUGCUCAUCACUCAGCACAGUGAACAUGAACCCGUGGAAGAUGGCCCCAUCUACGAAAACGUCCUCCUUAAAGACCAAGUGACUGAGAGAGGUGAGGAUGGACACUCAGAGGAAAGUGAAGAUCUGUUGGCAGAGGAGCAGCAGGAAAUGGAGGACAAACCCAAAGCUAGGAGAACGCGGCAGAAGAAGGGAAAGAAAGCCAGGAACCCUUUCCUGCCACGCAAGGGGGCCAAGAGUAAAAUGCUGAUGGAGCAGAAGAGUGAAAAUCUUCCUGGAGCUGCAUGCAGUGAUUCCCCAGAAACUGCAGAGGGUGGCGACAGGGCGAAGUCUUUGUUAUCCCAGUUGGAGGAGUUUCGUGCCAAUGGAGCUGCGGGGGAGGAAGAGCAGGAGGAUAUUGACAGCCUGAUGGAAUGGUGGAACACAGUGGAACAAUGGGAUGAGCUUCCUCCAGAAGAGGAGGAUCUGACUGAGAAAGAAGAAGCAAAGGCGUUUGCGGUGACGGCAGAGAAGGUGCAGAAGGGGAUCCGUGUGUUUAACAAGCUGUUUACGGAGCGGGCCGAGGGCCUGUGGCAGCAUGUCAUCGACCUCCACGGCAUCGCCGAUGGCAUCGACCGCUUCAACAAGAAGACCAAGAUUGCUGCCAUCACGGGCGGGUCCACCAGCGCGGUCGGUGGGGUGGCCACCAUUGCCGGCCUGGCCCUCGCUCCCGUUACCAUGGGGACCUCGCUGAUUGUCACCGCCGUGGGGCUGGGCGUGGCCACUGCGGGAGGCCUCACCUCCGCCUCCGCCAGCAUUUCCAACACUGUCAACAACUCCCUGGACCGCAAGAAGGUGGAGAGGAUCGUCGAGGACUACCAGGCCAAGAUGGCCGACAUCAGCAAGUGCAUGAAAUUCAUCAAGCAGGGGAUUGAGAACCUGCGCAAGUAUGACGUGGUGAAGAUGAAGAACCACGCCUACAACAAGGACUUCCCUGUGCUCACCAACAUCUACGAGGACGGCGCCAUGGCUGGCAAGGCCAUCCUCAUCAACACCGGGGAGAUCAUGCGCGUGGUCCAGAUCGCCAAUGUGGCUGGCAGCACCGCCGCCAGGGCCGUGCAGAUCGCCAGCCUGGCCACCGGCGUGCUCACCGGCCUCUUUGUCGGCAUGGACAUCUAUUUUGUAGCCAAAGACUCCCGUGAGCUGAAGAAAGGUGCCAAGACGGAGUUUGCUGCCAAGAUUCGGGAGGUGGCGGACCAGCUGCAUGAGGGGCUGGUGGAGCUUAACACCAUCCGAGAGGAGCUGCAGGAGGCCAGCAGCGGUGUCUGAACCCACUUUCCCAGAAUCCUCCUGUGGCCUCGUCCAAUCUCAGCUUUACAGUCUUCCUGGUUGCACCUAAACUCACUUUCCUACAGUCCUCCUCCUGCCAUGUCUGAACUUGUGUUCCCACAAUCCUCUGGUCUCACAUGAGCUUGCCUUCCCACAAUCCUCUUGUAAUUCCCCUUUAGGUGAAUCAC